GAAGGAUUACGUGUUGUCUCCUUUGGGGGUUGCUCGGAUAUCCGAAGUUCGAGCUGAUCCGUGGGAUUCCGCCUCUUCUGUUGAAGCUGUUCCUGUGAAGGUUGUGCUUCCUGAGUUGAAGACGACUUCGGAUCCGGAUCAACGCAAAAGGAAGGGUAGCACUCUUUUGAGGCCUUCCACGCAUCCGAAGAAAGUGAAGGCUUCUCAGCCCUCGGAGAAGGUAUUUGUUCUGACUUGGAGUUUUUGUAGUUCGUUUCUCCCCUUUUCGGAAACUAAUCUUUGAAUGCUUGCUAUGCAGGAAGCAGUUUCGGAAGUCAUGCCUCCUCCUAAGAAUCUUCUUCACUUCAUGCCCUUGCCAGGGCAGAAGUUAAAGAGUGUGGUGGUUGCUGAACCGCCGGCCGUGGAUCAGCCGCUGAUCGAGGAAGAUAUCAUCCCUUCUCCCCUUAAACCAUCUGCUGCUUUGGGGAUCGAAAUCCAGGAUAUCACCGAGGUGAUGGAGGCGAUUGAAGCCGAUUUUGUUCCUGGUUCGGAUGUCCCUGAGGUAGCUGGGGAGAAGAAGGAGUCUGCUGAUCUUCCCUUCGAGAGGGAGAAGAGUCCAGACAAGGAGAUGAUAGAUCUCUCGGGCCCCGAAGCUGCGGUCCCCGAGGUUCAGAAGGAGGUUCCCUCUGCUGGAGAGGAGGAGCAGCCCGAGCAAGGUUUGACGAGGAAGAGGCGCCACUCAACUUUGGGUUCUACUUCUACCUCGGCCCUGGAUAGGCUGAUCCAUGCUGAUCCCUGUUCGGAUGUUCCGCUAAAACGGAUCCCCGAAGAAGUAAGGGAGGCGAUGGCUCGAUAUGCCAGGGCUCCGAUUUUGGGAGAGGACCCUUUGGCUCACGUGGGAUCCUUGGUGGGCCCCGAGGCUGCUCGGGAGAAUCUGCUUCGUGCUAACCCGCAGUGGAGGGUUCCUGGGGCCGAAGAGAGGAAUCCGGCAAUGAUGGCCCAGUACUAUCUGAACGAGGCUGUUUUCUGGUCUUCGUUCGCUUCCGAGUGUAGCUCGGUUGAGGAGAAACAACUGAGGAAAUAUCGUGAGGCUUAUGCUCGUGAUAUUCCCAUUUUGGACCAGAAGGCUGGGCAACUCCUCUCCGAGCUUACGGAACUCAAGCAGCUGUACCUUCACUAUAGUCGCGAGGCUAGAGAGUCUGCUGAGAAGAUCGGGACCGAGGUUGGCCAGCUCAUCUUCCGAGUUGAAGAGGAUGCUGAGAAGAUCGCUUCCUUUGCUGAGGAGAAGAAGGAUAUGGCCGCUAAGUUCGCUAGCGAACUUGAGGAAAAAGAUAGACUCUUCCAGGAGAUGAAGUCUAAAUUUGAAGCGGCCGACAAGGAGCGUAAAGAGGCGGAGUUAAGGCUCCACCAUUUUGUCCAGCAUCGGGAGCUGAUCCAGCAGCAAGCUGAUAAGGUGCCUGUCCUUCGGCUGAAGCUUCGGGAAAAAGAUGACUAUAUUCGGAAGCUGGAGCAGGAGCGAGUCAACCUCUACACUGCUGAUCAGUGUAGAGAGCAGUACUGGAACGGCAUCCUGGGUGCUCGGCGCAUGUUUGCGAAGCACAUGCCUCACUUCCCUUGGAACGAGAAAGUUCCUCUAUGGAUGCAGGCCGAGGACCACUUGGUGGAAUGCCAAGCUGAUCGAGAUGAAGCUGAAGCUGAACGCCAAGCUGCUCUUGCAGAGGCUCGGGCCCAGAAGGCAACUUCCGAAGGUGAUACCACUGCUGGGGGUUCUUCGAAGGAUGCUCCCCUAGGGGCCGCUUCUGAGACUCCCAAGAGUUAG